AUGUUGCGGAAGCGUUGGCUGUUUGUCAACGUUUGGCGUAACAUUGCAGACACACCGGUGGAGAGCUUUCCUCUGGCUGCCUGCGACGCACAGUCCACAGCCCUUGAUGACCUGAUUGUCUUUGAGAUCAGGUAUGCAGAUCGCACAGGAGAGAACUACUUUGCGAGGUACUCCCAGCAGCAGCGCUGGUUCUACUUCCCGAG